AUGACCUCAACUGCUCUUAGUAACGAAACACUCUAUCAAAUAUUUGAGGCCACGCUUUCUUCUGACAAAGCAGUACGUGAAUUUGCUGAGAAAACAAUCAAUGAUAUCUCCCUCCAGCACAAUGACCUCGUCUUGUAUCUUAUUCGCUUUUGUUGCGAGCCUGUCUCAUUACCAACCAACCUUAACGGCACAUUAGAGGCCUCACAAGAGGUGCUUAGAAACCAGCAACGGUCGAUACUACAAAAGCAUAAAAGUAUCCAGCUCGCCGCUGCGAUUCAGGUUCACAAUGCGUUAGGUCGCAGCGACUGGAAUCGAAAUGCAUAUUUCACCGAAGAGGUUAAAGACCACGUCCGUCAGCUGAUCAUAUCAAUCCAAUGUCUGCCUCAUGUUUCUGAGCAUGUGCGGCGCCAGCUGCUCAAAACCACAAACGCGUUAAUAACGUACGAGUUCCCAGAUAGAUGGCCGCAGCUUGUUCCUCAUCUUGAGAGCCUCUUGGGUGACUGGACCAUCGCUCUACGCGCUGCUAUUGAUGCCGGCGGCAUGUAUGCCCAGGUUUUGUCGGUAAUUGUCCAGAUGAAGGCUGGACUGGCGAUCUUGUACUGCUGCUGUCGCGUGUAUGAGGAUCCACUCAAGGUUGACGCGGCGGCUGUGAACGCGUUUACAACUCAGCUGGUGCCCUCGCUGGCUAGUUUGGCCGAAAUUUUGGAGGGGUUGUGGUCUCAGGAAGUGGUGCGCUGCAGUGCCGCUGAUGCACCUCAGCUGGCAAGCGCUGUGGACAGGAGGGCUUUGGGCCCCGACGGCAAGGCCUAUGCUGUGGGGAGUGGAGACUUGCUUCUCGAGCAAUCAUCCCUCCAGGUCGAGCUUUCUCAUGCGCUGCGGCUUGUCUUGAAGUGCUUCUGGUCUUUGUGUCAACAACGGUGGCCGAAAUGUCUCUGUGACACCGCGCUCUUUCACCGUUUCUGGUACAUCUGCUUCAAGAGCCUUACAGAGGUGGCUUAUACGCACUACCUGCCGUGGUGUAGAAAGCAACUGCUCCAGAGGCGAUAUGGAGGUUCUCAGAAUAGGGGCAACAGCGGAGUAAUUGGAACGUCUUAUGAGUGCGAUGGCGACCAAUUCGAAAUCUUCCAGCGGUCAUCAUUGUGGCGCAUGCUGAAAUGGGUGGGUAACUUCUCGCACAAGCUUCUUCAGGAUUUUAUGGUGCCGAAGAGUUGUGAGAAGCGAGCCCGCGCGGUUGCAACUCUCUUCUGUGAAACUUACUUGUGUGACGUUGUACAGGCCGCCCUGCAUCUUAUACGAUGGCACUCCUUGACACCAACAGUUGAAGAGUGCUCUUCGCAGCCGUAUUUUGUGUGGCUGGUAAGUUCAAAGGCAUAUAUCAUGGCACUCGAAACAUUGGGCAUGGCGGUGAGCCAUCGGCGACUCUAUGAAACGAUUCUUCAUCCUAUUGCAGAAGAACUGAUGACAGUGCUGCUCUUUCCUCGUUUGGCGUUCUCUGCCGAAGACACUGAGAUGUGGACAAAUAAUCCGGAAGAGUACGUGCGGAAGCAAAUGAGCCCCACGGGAGAUGUCUAUAAUUCCAAGGUUGUCGCUGUCACCACUCUCCUUUCGUUGGUUACGUCCAGUAAAAAGCAUAUAGACGCGGAAUUUCUUCCAAAGUUCGCAAACUUCUUGAUGAAUCAGUUGCAGCUAUAUGCACCACGUGGGUUGCAGGCAUCGGACGAGACAGAAUCUGGCCAUGAGGACUGGGAAGCUUCCCGUCGGGUAGACGCGGCGCUAUUUUGCAUCUAUCAUUUCAAAAAGGCGCUGCUUGGUAUGCAGCUUGGGCACGAGCACCUAGAGAACGUACUAAACACCUUUGUGGUGCCUGCGAUGCAGGGUCGGCUUGGCUUCUUGCGUGCUCGAGCGGUGCUUGUGCUUAGUGCCUUCUCCGAGAGUAUCGAGUGGAGUAGCCCUGAGGCCUAUCAGUCUGCCCUUCGCGUAGCGCUUCCGCUGCUGCGUGACCCUGAGACUCCGGUUCGAAUACAAGCAUGCGUUUGUUUUGCGCGUCUGACAUGUCAUCCGUAUGUCCGCGAUGUCGUGACGCCGUGUAUUGCCGAACUCAUCCAGAAUUACUUUCAGAUUAUGCAAUUGAUGGAUAGCGAAUCGGUGGUGCGAACUCUACGUAGGACAAUAUCGUUUUACAGGGACUCUCUUUCACAGUGGGGUCUAGAGCUGGCUGAUAUGAUUGUGAACCAUUUUUCGUCUGUGGCUCAGACGUUUUCGAGUAAAUAUACCCAGUUGGAGGGCGAUGGUGCUGGCCACGGCGCGGAAGGGGGGGGCCAUGCCAUGUCUGGAUACUUGGAGGACGAGGGUCUCGCAGACACACUCAUGGCGGCCGAUGAGCUUCUUGAAACGCUCAUCAUCUUGGUCAAGGUUCUUCCUAGUAGCCCAUCAACGCGGGAGGGAAAGAUAAGUGACGGUGGGGUUGGGGGCACAUACCCCUUAUCCCCGACCACAGCAGAGAUGGAUGCGAACGUGUUUGUGCAGAUGCAACAGCGGGUCGCGCCGAUGCUUUUUUUCAUUUUGAGCCACCAGAGCGGAAGCGCUUUUGGCUUCAUGGACUCCGCGCUGAAUUUACUGACCACGCUGCUGGCGCGCAGCCCGUGUGUGGCGUCGGCAACCUGGCGACUUUUGCCGUGUUUGCACCAUCUUAUAUGCCAUGCCGGCACCACCGAUUACUUCUCAGAGAUGCUCGCCCCUAUCGAUAACUUUAUCUCCGUCUCGCCGCAGCUUUUUUUGACUACCCCUAUGAGCGUUUUGUGCGGAGGGGAGGCGCACGUCCCUCGUUUCACGAGCAACAGCAGCUCUGCGCCUGGUGGUGUGGAAGGGGCUCCGCAGGACGUAGGCGUGUGGACCCCGGCCCAGCUGCUGCAGGAUAUGUGCCGUGUUGUGUUGCUCUGUCCAACCUCGCACAACCGUGAAAUAUCGACCGUCCCUAAACUCUAUGAUUCGCUGCUGCAGAACUAUUGGUUUUUGGUUUUCUCUUCUUCCCCUUCGACAUGGGUUUUCUCCACGCCGUUUAACUGUGGGGAAACAGCGGUUCUUGGAGAGGCCACCACAUCGUUGUUUGCGGAGUGCGUUGUGAAACCCAUUGCACAACAAGUGCUUUUUAUCCUUGACAAUCGGCCUAAAUUGAAUUCUACGCUUCGAGUGCUAUUUUCUAAUGUGCUCUUUUCCUGCAUCCUGUCGGACGUCAACUCCACUCUGACGACUCUGAGUGAUUCUGAUACCACCUAUCCCUUUUUUGAGCAGUAUACUCGCCUUGUGGUGAAGGCUUCGGUAGGCUCUGGUGGAGCCCCACUCGGCAAUAAAGAUGCAACUAAGCGGCGGGUCCAGGGUAGGGCGAGUGAUAACAGUGCCGCACAAGGAGUGUGUGCAGAUUUGUUGCGUAGUUACGAUCGCGCAUUGUUCAUUUUGGCCUUUUCCCGCUCCAUAGGCUUCAUGUCUGCCUGUCAAGCUUGUUAUGAGCAGCAGCAGCAACAACAACAUGGAGGCAACCUGACAGCCCAUGCCGCUCUUGAGGCCGCACUUUUUGCGGUUGUGGAGAGCUGUCUUCUUGAAGAGUUUGCGCAGCAGGACCUCGGUGCAAGCGUCCGUGAAAUCGCUUUCCACGUGAAGCGUCUGCAGAAGUGUCUUGCUAAGAUGCAAAGGAAUACAAACAGUCCGCAGUCUCACCCUUCAGCGGCGACUGCCGAAGUCGCUGCCGCGGCCGUUGCUUAUGGUGUUGCUUUUCUGAAAUCUCACCAUCUUUCUCCGGGAAAAGAGGGCACCGUUGGUAGUGCUGGGGAUGACGAAGACGGAUGGGUAGACGACGAGGACGAGAGCAGUGGUGAAGGUAGCUCCUCUACUGCCUCAGAUGAUAUGGAGUAUGAAGGAAGUGAGGAAAUGUUAGACGAUGAUGACUUUGGUGAUGAUAAUAACCAAGACUCCGCCGCUUUACACACACUAUGUGCACAGGCCGAAAAUGCGCGUCAGGGGGCUCACAAUAGAUCCAUAGCUGAAUGUCCGGAAGAUGCCCCGAUCGAUCAGUUUGCGGAUGACACUGGCGGCGACGACGAUGAGUUUGACAACUUGCUCGAUGAAGACGAUUUUGAAAGUCCUGUGGAUGGGGUGAACCCAUGGGGGGUGUUGAUGGAUAGCAUCGUCACUAAUGAUGGGUUCUUCCCUCAAACAAACGGACAAACUUUGAGGAGUUCAAUUGCCCAGCACAAUUCAAAUAAUAUUUUCUCUGAGGUCAGAGCGGCUGUGGAUCUUCUAUUUUCGCUGCGCGCCCACUCAGCGGAACUUGUCCAGAGGUAA